CAGUCAAAUUCAACAUUUAAACAACGAGUAACAAGGAAGCUGAUAAGUCAUGCCUUGGGAGUGGUUGGUUGUACUGGUCUCAUGUUUACCAGCUAUUUCACUAUCACUGGGGAUGAACAAUUUUACAAAUCUUUCAUCAUGCCUUCGGUGAUGAGAGUUCUUGGUGCUGAACAAGCUCAUACAUUUGCGGUCUGGUUAGCCAGUAAAGGCUUGAUUCCUGUUGAUGUGGACAGAGACCCUGAAAUACUGGUAAAUUUAGUGAACAAAGCCCUUCAGUAGUUUUUUCAGAAACUAAUUUUUUUUCUGGAAGAAAGCUUUCACAAGAAUAAUCAUUUUACAAUAGUUAGUUUUCAUUUAAAAAGGACUUUGUUUUAAUAUAAGGGCUUUUCUUACCAUGAAUUUAAAUCUUGAUGUUAAGUGGUAAGAUCUAAAGACAUCAGUAUACUCCUUUGUUCCAGAAUAUUUUCCAAAAAUGUUCAACUGAGAUAAUUUGAUGCUAUUCAUAGACUAUUUGUGAUUAUGAUUGUUUUCAUUUUCAUGCUGAUAUUGCAAUGCUGGAUUAUACAAUAAUUAUAUUGUCACGAUGACCACUCCACGAAAGCAAAUGUCUCUUCUAUCUCACUUCUUUUUAUUUUCUCUAUAAUAAAGCAAACUGAUAAAUAAUGAUAUCUUUAGCUUGUUUCUAUUUUUCUUAAUUUUUGUGCACAUGUUGUGAAAACAAUAAUAAAAAGUUAUUAUGAUCUUGUUUUGUCUUGUCUAGCAAACCAAUGUCUUUGGUCUUCAUUUUUGCAAUCCCAUUGGCUUAGCAGCGGGUUUUGACAAACAUGGAGAAGCAGUUGACGGACUAUUAAAAGCUGGAUUUGGUUUUGUUGAAAUAGGAAGUGUAACUCCAUUGCCACAACCUGGGAAUAACAAGCCAAGGGUCUUCAGACUUAUGGAGGACAAAGCUGUGAUUAAUAGGUGAACAAGUGUUUGAACAAAAAUUAAUUUUCAGAAAUUUCUUGUACUAAGUAUAACAUUUGUGCUUCUUGCAAUGGAGGAUUGGUAGGUGAGUGGUUAACACCUCAUUAUUUUGGAUCUGAAGGUGUGAGCUCCAGCUGUGAGGUCUGUUGCAGGGUUUGACUUUAGUGCUCACUCACUUGCUAAUGCAAGUGUUAAAAUUACCAGUAGCUCUGUGCCACAGAAACUGUAACUUUCAUUAACGCUCCAGCCUGAUGACUCAAACUCAGAUCUCAACAGGGUCAAGAAUCUUAACUGACCGAACCCAUAUUAAUCCAGCUGGCUAUUUACAAGCAUGAACAUUGAGGAUUUCAAAUCAGGACUAUGGGGAACAAAUCCAGCCAGUGAUCAGAGUGGGAAUUGACCUUAGUGCAUCCGAAUUGUCCAAUGCUGUAACUGCUAGGACACACUGCCUCGAUUAGCUAGAAAGGGCAUAGAGUUUCAUGGUCUGGUGGCAUUGCUGACUCCCUGUCAUACUAUACACACAAUCGCAGGGUCAUGUUUUUUUCCUUUCUCCCUUUUGCAUGGCCUCUUCCCCCCUUUCUUUCCUACCAUCAAGCUUUGAGAGGUUGUCCAAAAUGUGUUUCUCGUAUGGAAACUUGCAAAGAUGACCUUUGCAGAUGACCUGGGAUGUGCUCUAAAGCACUGGAUGGUUACAUGUUAAAACAAAAUUUAAGCUGCUUUAUAAGGAGCAUACACCAUAUCAGAAGGUCAAAACAGUUAGUGUUAAACACCACAGCCCUUAUGAAACUAAAUAAUAGACUAAACGAUAACAAUGUUCAGGGGCACCCAACGCCAAUUUUUGGAAAAUAUCUGUUCGGAAGACGAUUUGAUAUCUAGAAUUUUCGGAACAUUUGUUGAAAAAUUUUCUUGCUUGCCUGCCUCUCCUAGGAUUUUCGAACAUCUAAAAAAUGGUAUAAUUGCCCAUUUUUAAUGGAUUUUUACCCUAAAAAGGUCACCUAGAAUUUUCGGCAGCCUUUUUUCUGGCUGAAAUUUUCGAAAAGGUAAGUUUUAAUCCCUAUAAUUUUCGGAUCACUAAACUUUCAGCUAGGAAAUCCGAACAGAUGAAACAUUUUUAGGGGAUAAAAAUAUGCCUAUAUUUACCGUUUAAAUACUAAAAUACGUUCAACAAUGCUAUGUUUAAGUGGUUUUGAUCUACAUUCUCAUUGGGUGCUCCUGAAUGUUAUCUUGUCUAUUUGGUAGGUAUGGUUUCAACAGCCAUGGGCAUCACGCUGUUCAGACAAGACUGGAGCAGCAGUUUCUUGUCCGGGGACAUCCCCCUGGGAUCCUUGGAAUUAACCUUGGUAAAAACAAGACAUCGGACAAUGCUGUGGGAGAUUAUGUCAAAGGAGUCCAAUGUUUCAGUGGUUUGGGGGAUUAUUUGGUGGUUAAUGUUUCAUCACCCAAUACGCCUGGACUGAGGUCAUUGCAGGGAAGAGAGCAACUAGCAAACUUAAUAGAUAAGGUUAGGAGAAAAAAAUAUACUAGUAAAUUAGGAGAUUAAGAUCUCAGGAAGUAUACUGUAGAUCUGAAGUGAUGGGAACAAAAAUUGAAAAUCCGUAGAAGAGACAAGCGGUAAAAAAUCCUUUUGGCCAAAGGUAAGUCCAAAAUAACAAGAAUGCAUUAUACUUUACUAGGGUUGUCAGAAAGUUUUGAAGGAGACGUCUGAGUUGUCAAAGUAAGCGGCCAGUCCAGGGAUAUUUUAUUUAAAAAACACCAUCCGUAAAGAAAUGCCAAGCAGAGUAGCCGGCCGAUACCAACCAAGUAGGUGGCAAUUUUUGGCAUCUGGCUACUUUUGACAACCCCUCUUUACAUGGAUAUAUCGUUUCAAUAACAAUGGCUGUUGUGAAACUUGAAGUUUCACUUUGAAAAAGAUUCUCUACUUCAAUCCAGCCCUCCCCGCCAAGAAAAAAAACAAACCCUGCUAAAAUUGUCUUGCCUCCAGCAUUAACCCAAGUUGUGAAUUUUACAGUUCUAUGCCAACAUAAGACAUGCAGAUGUUGUGCAUAUUAUGUCCUAGUUGUAGAUAAAAAAUAUUUUGAUGCUGUAAUGGAAAUCAUGCCGUGAUGCUUAUUCUCACUGUCUUAAUCUCGCAAGUAUUGCAGUCAUGGCAGGUCAAGCAUACCCCUCAAGAUUCUAUUAAUAAUUAAAAAAAUGAAUCCGUUAGUUGUUCCCGUAACUGGUGUCAAAUUCACAUCGGCAUUCCUGCAUGUGUAUUUGAUCUGAUUGAAAAUCUUUGGGUGGAUAACAUUACUUUGAAGACAUUUACAUCAAUUCAGGGAAACUGAGUUGGUGGAAAUUCCAUAACCGCCUCGCGCGUGUGAAUUCACGGCUCAUUAUACAUGCAACAAUGCAGAGAUCGGAACUGAAAUUUACAACUACCAACAGAUUCAACUUUCGAAUAAUAAAUUCAUUUAAUGGCAUCUUUGGGGGGUAUGCUUGACCUGGCUUGACUGUAAAUUUUGCGAAAAAUCAUGAGCCAAUUUUGCAAGUAUUAAAUUUUGUGAUUUUUCCCUAAUCGUGAAAUCUAAUACUCUCAAAAUUAAGUGAGAAUAAGGUAUAUAUAAAUACUCCAGGGCCCAGUUGUUUGAAGGCCGAUUAGUGCUUAACCUGGGGUUAAAUUUAACCCGGGUUUCUUUUUCAUGUGUUCAAAAGCAUUUUCUCGGAUAAUUUUCUGUGCUAUUUUUAGAGGUUCCAAUCAUCAACUUGUAGACAAAAAGAAUUAAACUGAAAUGCUUUCCAAGCUUUCAAAUCUGAAUUCAAAUCUCGAACUAACCCUGGGUUAUCUUAACCCAGCUUUGAACAACUCGGCCCAGCUGAAUACUCUAACCACUAAGCUACUGUGGCUUAUGUUUGGGCCAAACUUGAGAUACGCCCUGUGCUAUGCAAGAGCCAGAAUUUAUCAAAAUCAACUUUCAGUAGUGGUAAUCAUUGAUUUCUUGGUGUCCAAUUUCUUUCAGGUAUUAGAAGCAAGGGAUACUUUGCCUGACAAUAUGCGCAAUCCCUUGCUGGUGAAGAUAGCUCCAGAUUUGAGUGAAGAUGAUAAAGAAGACAUUGCAGCUGUCGUCAGUAGAAAUAAGGUUUGUUCUUAAUUAUCUCCUUUUUAAAAAGCAUAGCAAUCUUGGCUUAUAAAUUAUGCAUUGCUCAACUUGCUAUGGAAACACUCUUUAGCCAUUGGGUAAUAUAUUAUACUAAACCCAGGCAAAUGUAGCUUAUGCAAUCUGCUGUUACUCAGCAGUUUUGACAUGCCCCUCGCUGCUAAACGAUCUACAUGAUAAUCAAAUACUUUGCUUUAUUACGUGUAUAUGGCUAAUCCACAAACACCAAAGAUGAAGUUCAUCCUCAUGAUGUUCUGAUUGGCUUCUGAAUUGAAUCUUGUCCGCUCGGGAUUUCCCACAUUUGUCCCACGAGAAAAAGCCCUCUUUUUGGCCAUCACUUAAGCUUGUUUGGUCAAGAUGGCUGGACAUGGCCUUGUCCUUUUUUGCUUUUCUAUUUACCCUGAACUCUUGUUCCAUAAAAAUGCCAAAAAAAAGAGACAUGGACAAUAUCUAACCACCUUGACCAAAUGCAUAUAUAUAUUGGGCUUUGUUUACUUGUUUGGCUUGUUUACUUUACCGUAGAGUCAUCAAGAUAGGGAAUUUCUUAGAGUUCAUUCUUUGAAUAAAAAAGAUAUUGUUUAACCUUGAUCAAUUCCCUGAACCUUCAGUAACCACCCAUAUACAUGGAACCACAACCCUUGUACUACUUGAAUGUCAUCAGUUUUAACAGUGACAAAUCGGGUGUGGUUUAAAAAUCUUUUAUACACAAAUGAACAUGAUUCAGUCAAACAGGCUAGAAAUAAAUGCCUGAGAAAAACAUGUAAACAUGACCCAAGAUUCCAAUAAAAAUCUUGUUGCACUACCACUUGUACUUUCUUUCAUCUGAAACUACAAAAAAAUUUACAAAUUUGCUCAGCUUAAGAUACCAUCAUAGAAAAAUGCAUUCUUUGGUGGUUUUGGUACCAACAUGUAAUUAGGGUUUUAUGGGACCUAAUGAAGAGUUAUGUUUUGAAGAUGUCAAAAUUUAUUAAAGUUAGAUUACAUUUUUGUUCAUCAGGGUGGUGUAGAUGGUAUCAUAGUGACCAACACAACUAUCACCAGACCAGAGACUUUAAAAAGUACAAACAAGAUGGAGACAGGUGGUUUGAGUGGAAAACCUUUGACAGAACUUUCAACAAGCACAGUUAGAGACAUGUAUAAACUUACUAAUGGUAAGAGUUUUGACAUACAUUAUGCAAAACAGCUGCCCCUCGUAAGUGGUUUUAUUUUCUUGUGUCAGUGUGUGAUGAUGAACUUAAUUUAAGUGUCUAGUCUUCUAGCUGGCCUGGCCUGUAUAUGUUAUCUGCAAUAUAAUUAAUAUAAUUAUUAUUGGUGCCUAAAUUUGAUGAGACAUUAUGCCCUCAAAGUUGUUUCUUAUGUUUUUUCAACACUAUCUUCUUUCUAUUUAUUUCUGCCCGUAAUGAAUUAGGAGAGCUUGCAACUAUGUCUCUGGAAUUUGAAUCACCUUCCAAUUCACCUGUGGCUCCCCGUCUACUGAGCUGUCAGAUUUCUGCCAAUUAGCGCAAAGCGGAAACAAGCCUGAAUGUAAACAAACAAUGAAAAACAUGUGCCAAGGGUAAUGACGUCAUGAUUAAUGUCAUCUCUGCCAAUCAGCAUUUCACAUCGACUUUUUCAAUGCAGAUAUUCAAAUUUCAGAGAUGUAGUUGCAAGUUCUUCUUCCUUUUCCUGCCUCUCCGCCAGAGUGCCCCAGAGAGUUUGCUCACAGGCUACUUAAAAGUUUAUUUGUUAUCAUUUUGUUCAUCCUAUGGUGUAACAAUCAAAUGAAACCUCUCUGGUAGAACUUUUGAAUAGCACUAUUUUAAAACCUUGGAUUUAGCGAAAGAAAGAUUUGGAAUAUUCUGUGAUUUUUUACUCUGGCAACAGUUACUUUUAGGAAUUGAAGGGCUAAUUAAUCAAGAGUUAAACCCUUUAAGCCUCAAGAUCUACAUACAAAUUCUUCAGACUGAUCUCCACACAUUUCUUUUAAGAAUGGUUGAGAGAAUUUGGUUUAAAAUUAAAGCAUUCUCCCUUCUGUAAUCAAUUUAGUGAUUCUCAUAACCUUUUACUCUUGAUGAUCUGCUGAUGUUGUUAGGAGAAAAUUGAUGUUGUGAACUCUUGGGACCUAAACGGUUAAGGGAUAUGAUUUGUUUCAGGUAAGGUUCCUAUCAUUGGUGUUGGAGGAAUAUCAACAGGUCAGGAUGCUUAUGACAAAAUCAAGGCUGGAGCAUCUUUAGUACAACUCUACACAGCCCUUGCUUAUGAAGGACCUCCCAUUGUAAAGAAAAUCAAGAGGGAACUUGCUGAACUUUUGAAGUGA